GUCUAAUCAUUCUCUCUGGUCGGAACUAUAAACACGUCCAAUUGUUUCCACCCGUAGGGAUUUAUUGGUCGAAAUGUUUGAGCUUUUUACGAAUCAGAAAACCACACUUCAAUCUGUAAAUUGUUUAGCUAAUAAGUCAACUUAAAGGCAUUCAAAUAACGCAAUCAACUCAAACUGUGACAGUUAUUUAUCCAAAGGUGAGAUGGCAGCAUCGGGGUUGGACGAUUUGAAUUUUACAAUGAAAGAGAUAACUGGCUCCGGCAGCACAAGUGAUGAGACGUUCACUGCCAGUGUUGUGCCUGAGAGUUCGUCGACUCUUUCUCUAUCAGAGGACAAUAAACUCGUCUGUGUGGAAUAUCCAGGUAUUAUCUCCAAUGUGGACAAGAUGCUGGAAAGUAUUGGGGGUAUACAAGGGAUGUCCAAGACCUAUGCUGACCCCAGCAGACGGUUGGAACUUCGCUUUCGUCCCCAGGACCCGUUCUGUCACCCUGUCUGUGGAAACCGUUACCCCUCCACCAACCUGCUGCUGCGCAUGAAAAGGAGGGUGCGUAAAGGCAACUCCAAGGAAGCCCAAAUCAGCAUGGACAUCCUGGGUGUCAUUGGGACGACAUACAAAUUCCAAGGGAUGGCAGACUUCCAGUAUCUUGCGGUGCAUUCAGCAAAGGACGGCUCACACACAUCCCUCUACGAUAAGAUCAUCUUGCGUAAACCAGAGAAUAAUGAGUUCUUUGAGCAGCCUGUGCCCCUCUUCCUUCCUCCACCAAUCUUCUCUCGCCUGGACAGUGCUGUGGACUACAACUACCGACCUGAAAUCCAACACAAAGAAGGCCAUUGUCCCCCAACAGUCUCCAGGGAUAAUCUGAUUGGUUUGAGUCGAGCCCGUCGGCCUCAUAAUGCCAUCUUCCUCACUUUUAACGACCAGAACAUCCCUACGGAGCCCCUGGAGGCUGCCAAGGUCAACUGGAAGAGAGUGUGUGUUCACCCCAGUGACAUAAAGGCAGAGGAACAACUGAAGGAGAUGUUUGAGAGCCGGCCCAUCUGGUCCGGGUACGCGGUCAAGGCCAACCUGGACCUCCACCCUGAUAAACUGAAGCUGCUGCUCCCUAUCAUGGCCUACUAUAUGGUGACAGGCCCCUGGAGGAGCCUCUGGGUGAGAUUUGGCUACGACCCUUGCAAGACACCAGAGGCCAAGAAAUACCAGGUGCUGGAUUUCAGGAUCCGCUGCAGUACCAAGCACGGAUAUACUAUAAAUGACAUGCCAGUUAAGGCCAAGAGGAGCACUUUCAACUAUACCCUGCCAAUCACACUUAACAAAGCAGUGCCCCAGGCUGCUAAUGUGACAGAUUUACCUCCUGAGGGCCCUGCUGGUGGACGUAGUGCAAAUAUAACCAGAUACCAGCUCAAGGAUUCCUCAUACAUAUUCCGAGAUGGGACCCUGCCCCCCCACAGGCAGAUGUUCUACCAGCUCUGUGAUCUGGAUGUGGAGAGCAUAAGGAACGUGAUCAGUCGGAACGAUGGCCAGGAGGAGGAGUGUGACGAGAGGGAUGGCUGGUGUCUGUCCCACACCUCUGAUGACCUCCGAGAUAUCAUGUCCUCCAUGAUCAAGCAGGUUAUCCGUGCCAAGAGGUCAGCUCCAUACUCUUCUGGGCCUGAGAGUUCUAUUACCAGUCAAAAGACCCCAGAAAGUGGAGAGGAUGAUGAAGAGGAGAAUGAGGAAGAUGAGUUUCAUCCCUCAGAGGGGAGUGACAAUGAGAUGCAGACAGAGAUGCUGGAUUAUAUGUGAGGAUGGACACGGUCUAUCCCUGCCCUGAGAAAUGGACUGGAAUUGUACAAACUUACUUCGUUCUCUAUACAAACAUACUUUUUUUUGUGUAUUUGCAAAUUAGUGUGAAUAAAUAUGUUUUAAGUUGA